AUGGCGGUCGGCGCGGGAUGGUUGUGGCAUCCCGCGGAGGUGCGGCGAGACGAGCUGAAGGCGGGCGACCACAUCUUCUCGUGGCGCAUCGGCAUGUCUUAUUCUCACCAUGGAGUGUACGUGGGAGCGGACGAGGUGAUUCACUUCACGCGCCAGCAGGCCGACGAGAUCGGCUCCAACGCCCUCCUAGACUACGCUGCUUCCGUCUCCCCCGCCCUUCAACGCACCUCAACCAUCCCCCCUAACACUGCUGAUGCUGCUGGGGUUGCUGCUGCUGGACCUGGUGGCGGUGCAGGUUCGGCGCCGUGCCGAGCCUGUGGCACGGAGGAUAGCAGUCACGGUGUCAUCUCGUCGUGCCUGCGGUGCUUCUUGCACGGCGGCCGGCUGUUCAGAUUCGACUACGCCGUGUCGGUGGGGAGCUUCUGCCUGCAGAUGCGAGGCGGCACGUGCAGCAUGGCCGAGCCUGAUCCCCCCCAUGCCGUGGUGCAGAGGGCUCGUCUGCUCUUGAAGGAAGGGUUCGGGCGCUACCACGUGCUGGACAACAACUGUGAGGACUUUGCCGUGUUCUGCAAGACGCGUGCACUCGUGGUGGACAAGACACGCGUGGGCACCAGCGGCCAGUCCGCUGCUUUCUUCGGGUUCAACUUUGCCUCUGCCACCGCUGCCGUGCCCUUGCUGCUCGUAGGGCCCCUGGCUGCUGCUGCUGUGUUUGCAGGGUCGUACAGCCUGAGCCGAGUGGCGCUGGAUGUGGGGGUGAGGAGGGACGUGGUGAAGGUGGAGGGGGAGGAGCUGGUGGCGAGUCUCAAGGGUGGGGGAAGGAUGUGCGGGGAUGGGACUGGAGGAAGGAGGGGAAAGGACGGGGUGGAGAUGGUGGUUGCAAGGAUGAGAGGGGGUGUAGAUGUGCAAGGGGAGGCCUCCCCACAAUCCGACAGCUCCGCAAAGGACGGAUCUGCCUGGAAACACGAAGUCGCGAGAUUGGUGCAAGAAUCCGCGAAACUCGUCGUCGCCACGUCCGCGAGUGUGGCCGUCGCCCUGUCAGCAGGCCUAGGGAUUGCCGAGGCGCGGCCAGAGGGGGUGAACAAGCCGGAGCUGCUGCCCAAGGAGUUCACUACCGUCAUUGACGUCGCGGACUUCCUCUCCACCGGCCAGGAGCAACGGCUGGCCAAGGAUGUGGAGAGAUUGGAGCAGGACACGGGGUAUAAACUGAGGAUACUUGCGCAAAAUUACCCCAACACUCCGGGGUUGGCGAUUCGGGACUACUGGGGGGUGGAUGAUGAGACUGUGGUGUUCGUUGCUGAUCCCAACAUGGGCAACCUCCUGAACUUCAACGUCGGUGCAACCGUGGACCUGUCGGUUCCCAGAAGCUUCUGGAGCCGGCUAGCAGGCAAGUACGGUAAUGUGUUCUACUGGCGGGAGAAGGGCGAGGAUGCAGCAAUAGAGGCUGCUGUGAUUGCGAUUGACCACUGCCUGAGGGAGGACCCCGGGCCCAGGCAGUGCGCUGAGAUUAAGUAG